AUGAUCUUCAAUUUCGAUGGAAUGGCCAUGUCCGCGCCACCUUCGCGCAUCUGCAAGUUUUACGCCGUAGGGGAGUGCGACCGGGGCCUCGCCUGUAGGUUUGUACACAGCCGACCGGUGACCGUCGAGGAGGGGCAGCCUAUGGCUGAGUCGGGCGCGACUGAAGUUAAAGCGGCAGACAACGAUUCCUUAGCGCAUGGAAUACGACCCAUCGAUCGCAUCAAGUACCGGACAACAAUGUGCAAGUUCUUCGAGCUCGGGGCUUGCAAGAGAGGUGACACGUGCUUCUUCGCUCACACGGAGGAUCAGUUGCGCCCCUCGGUGUCGUUGUGGCGCACUCGUCUGUGCUUUUCUUUCACGAUGAGGGGCCACUGCCGCCAGGGCAAGCGGUGCAACUUCGCCCAUGGAAAGGAUGAGCUUCUGAAGCCUAUGGUAUCGGAGAAAGCGUACGAUUCCACAGUUCCUGAACCCGGGUUUAUCCAAACUGGUGCGAUUCAGAUCCAGGGGGAAGGCUGGGCAGACGUGAAGAUGGCAGCUGAGUUACCCACGAAGGAUCUACCGGUGAAGCCUCUUCCAGGCGCCAACCGCAGGAACAAGAUCUUCCUCAGCCCAGACGACCAGGACUCAGCCUCCGGAAUCGAGUCCUACACCUCACAAGGCUCCACUGAAGCUGGGCUUGAAGCGCCCUUGCCGAACUUCGAAGGGUAUGGCCAGGUAAUUGGCCACCUGAGCCUGUGA